GUUGCUCUACCAACAAUUGCUAGAUCAAUUGGUUUAAUUUCGAAACCCUCUCGUCAAUGGCAGUUUCACACCUUCCGAUGUCUCUUAUUAGAUUCCGUCUCUGAUUCCGUCAAACUCCGACGACUAUCUGAUGCUGAUUCCGGGUCUGGGAAGGUUUUAAUGUAUCCAGACUUGCCUCCUGUCAAGUUUAUCUAUUUCUGAACAGACAUGAAGACUGUUCCAGAAAGACAUGGGAAAAAAAAUACUAGGAAAUUGCGGGGGAAAAAGAUGCGACAACAGAUAUAUGCAAACAUUGUGUAUAUACCAUGAUAGUGGGAUUGUUGAGCUUACCUUAGAUAGGCCAGGAUCCAAAAAUGCCAUUGGAAAGGAUAUGCUAAUAGGCUUGCAGCAUAGUCUUGAAACAAUAAACAGAGAUCUCUCUUCCAAAGUCUUGAUGAUGUGCAGUUCGGUUCCAAAGGUUUUCUGUGCUGGUGCUGAUUUAAAGGAACGAAAGGAAAUGUCACCAGCUGAGGUCCAGUCCUUUGUGAAUGCACUUCGAUCCACAUUUUCACUAUUGGAGGUACUUAAUAUUCCCACUAUUGCUGUUAUAGAAGGAGCAGCUCUAGGUGGAGGGCUGGAGAUGGCCUUAUCAUGCGAUCUCCGGAUAUGUGGUGAAAAUGCUGUAAUGGGUUUGCCAGAGACUGGACUUGCUAUAAUACCAGGAGCAGGUGGCACUCAACGGCUUGCUAGAUUGAUUGGAAAGUCUUUAGCAAAGGAACUUAUCUUCACUGGUCGUACAAUUUGUGGCACUGAGGCGUCAUCAGUGGCGGAUUGUGAUGCAGGUCUUGUUAACUACUGUGUGCCGCCUAGUUCAGCUUAUUCCAAGGCUCUCGAAAUUGCACGGGAAAUAAAUCAGAAGGGUCCAUUGGCAGUGAGAGCAGCAAAACGCGCUAUAAAUGAAGGACUUGAUAUGGACAUGGCAUCAGCCUUAAGAUUGGAAGAAAAGUGUUAUCAACAACUUUUAAAUACCAAUGACCGAUUGGAAGGCUUAAAAGCAUUUGCUGAGAAGCGGAAGCCAAAGUAUACUGGUGAAUAAGAGUGUUUGAUGUUCUGAUGUCUUCUCAAAAUGUAGAAGGGAGCAAAUUGUUGUACUUGUACACUUGUACUUGCUUACAACACUCUUAUUGAUAUCGCAGUUGCGUGUUAAUGCUUGAAAAUUGUUUGAAAAA